GCUGCCGCGAUCUGACCGACUAGCCUGAAUCAAGAAGUCGCUGACGCGGAGCGUUGCUACAGCUUCGUCACCACCGCCGAGAGAGAAAUCGUGCGUGACGUGAAGGAGAAGCUGUGCUACGUCGCCCUGGACUUCGAGCAGGAGAUGGCCACCGCUGCUGCCUCCUCCUCCCUGGAGAAGAGCUACGAGCUUCCCGACGGACAGGUCAUCACCAUCGGCAACGAGAGGUUCCGUUGCCCAGAGGCCCUCUUCCAGCCAUCCUUCUUGGGAAUGGAAUCCACUGGUAUCCACGAGGCUGCCUACAACUCCAUCAUGAAGUGCGACAUUGAUAUCCGUAAGGAUCUGUACGCCAACACUGUCCUGUCCGGUGGCACCACCAUGUACCCAGGUAUUGCCGACAGAAUGCAGAAGGAGAUCACUGCCCUUGCCCCAAGCACCAUGAAGAUCAAGAUCAUUGCCCCACCAGAGAGGAAGUACUCCGUAUGGAUCGGUGGCUCCAUCCUGGCUUCCCUGUCCACCUUCCAGCAGAUGUGGAUCAGCAAGCAGGAAUACGACGAGUCCGGCCCAGCGAUUGUGCACCGCAAGUGCUUCUAAGCGCUGUCGCCAUCGUCACGAUCUUCAUCUCCAUCUCUGCUUUUUAAUCUACCAUGUCGGGCUGUACCGCGCGUCGGCACAAGUGGCGCGACCUGGCUGCGCUUGACGAAACUAAAACAUGAUCUUGUCGCAAACGUGUAGAGCUGUGUGAAUUGCGCGUGAUUGCUGCCAGCUUGAUCAUGCCGCAUUUCUCCUGUACAUAGCCUGUUAACGAAGAAAGAUAUUGUUCUUAGCUUAACUUAAUUAGCGACGAGGACGCAAAUCUAGCUUUUAUUCGGAACCAAACAUUUGAUGCAUUUUUUUUCUAUCAAAUUACAGCGUCUUUGUUAAGAAUAUACAGAUUUUCAUAAUUCACUUCGCCAUCAUUGUCUUACCUGAAAAAUGUGUAUAAUUAGAUGAAGCAAAAAUAAAAUAAAAAAAGUUAUUAAUAUGUUUUAUACAUUA